CCAGUCCAGUCGUUCGUCGGACGUGGGACGGGACGGACGCGGUUACGGGCGGUGGAAGUCACUUUCUCUCCUUCCUUCUCGCUGCCCCUCGCCUUCUGCUGCUCCGUCUUUCUCUCGGCCCACGAAUUCGGCGACGACGACGACGACGGACGGGGCGGCGUGCAGUGCAGAGACAGAAAAACGGAGGCCGCGCGCUGCUCGUCGGUCGGUCGGAGCCGUGCCGUGUGUGCGUGAGAGUCGUGCGUCGUGCGUUGUACGUGCCCAGCCAUCCGCUCGGCUCGCGACUCGCGGCAUUCGCGGCUCGCCUCGCUCUGUCGGCAGCGCAGCUGAACCUCGCGGGCUCGCGCCGCAGUCCAUCGCUGGCCGCGCCGUACAGGUUCCGUGUGUGUCGGGGAAAUGGAGCUCGAGCAGGCGGCGGCGCAGGUGAACCUGGAGAGGAAGACCAAGGAGAGCGGCGGCGGCGACGGCGUCUCCGGGAAUCAUAGUGAUCAUAUCAAUGGCAUGUCCAAUGGUUUCGACAAGAAAAGGGAACACAAGUCGGAGCAUAGAGACAAGGACAGAGAACGGUCUCACAAAUCGGAUCACAAAGACAAAGAUCGGAGCAGAGAUAAGGAGAGAAAUCAUAAAAGCGAACACAGGGAUAAGGACAAAGACAAGCACAGACAUAGCUCCAGUUCCGUUAAGGACAAGGAGAAGCACGAUGGCAGUAAUAAUAAAGAUAAGGACAAGGAUAAAAAGAGUUCCUCGUCUAGUAAAGACAAGGAGCAUAAGAGUAGCAGUUCGUCCAGCAAGGAUAAGGAAAAGGAUAAGGAAAAGAGCAGGGACAAGGAACAUCAUCACAAAUCAAGCUCGAGCUCCAAAGAUAAAGACAGGCAUCACAGCAGUUCUAAGGACAAGGACAGCUCAAGCAAAGAUAAAGAGAAGGAUUCGAAGAGCAAGGAUAAAGAUAGGCAUAGACACAGUAGUUCCUUGAACUCUAGCUCGCGCGACAAAGACAAAGAUCGAAGUAUCUCAAAGGACGGCAAGAAGCACUCGUCGGAAAAGGACAAGGAUAGACAUUCCACUUCUCACUCUUCAGGCGAUAAAGAGAAGCAUCGUUCGUCGGAGAAAGAUAAAGACAAGCAUAGAGAAAGUUCGUCCAGUGGUAGAGAUAAGCACCGCCACGAAAAAGACAAAGAUCGCCACCGCCACGAUAAGGACAAAUCUAAGCAUCGCGAGGAAAAGGAGAAAAAGGAUAAAGAGGAGGUUAAAGUAAAGGAAGAACCGAACGUGAAGAUGAAUCACGCGAUUAAUCAAGGGUAUCAUUUUAAUAUGGAAAUCAAGACUGAGAUAAAGGAGGAACCUAUGUCACAAGACUUGGAUGAUGACGAUGACAGUGGUGGCGAACGACGGCUCUAUAUCAAGGAGGACGAUGACGAUGAACCGAUGAAAGAAGACGGUAGCAUGGACUCGACGGAUGGAAACGACACCAGACUGUCGGAUCUUCACAAUACGACUAUAAAGACGGAAGAUGACUCUGAAGAGGAUAAACCAUUGUUUUCGAGAUCAAAGGUAUCGUCAAGCGUGAAGAGAAAAAUCGAGUCAGACGAAGAUGAAGACGUCCCACUGUUGGCGCGAAAAAAAUCUAAGAAGACGGCUAAUCUGAAAACCAAGAAGAAGAAACGGAAACAUGUAGACGAUGACGAUUCUGACGAGCCUGAAGAAACGCAGAAACCAAAGAAGAAAAAUACAAAGGUGAAAGCAGACGGCGACAGUCCAAGUCCGAGGAAGAAGAAGCAAGAGGAGCAGCAGGAAGUUUGGAAAUGGUGGGAGGAAGAGAAGAAGAGCGAUGGCACGAAAUGGCAGUUCUUGGAACACAAGGGACCAGUAUUUGCGCCACCCUACGAACCCUUACCCCCUACCGUGAAGUUUUACUAUAACAGCAAGGAGAUGAAGCUGAGUGAGGAGACGGAGGAAGUUGCAACCUUCUACGCGCGUAUGCUUGACCAUGACUACACGACCAAGGCUGCGUUUAACAACAACUUCUUCCACGACUGGCGAGAGGUGAUGACCGAGUCGGAGCGCGCCAAGAUCACCGAUCUGACCAAGUGCAACUUCAAGGAGAUGCACGCGUACUUCUUGCAGAAGAGCGAGGAACGCAAGGCUAUGACGAAGGAAGAGAAGCAGAAGAUCAAGGAGAAGAACGAGGAGAUACAGAAGGAGUAUGGCUUCUGCACUAUUGACGGCCAUAAGGAAAAGAUCGGUAACUUCAAGAUUGAGCCGCCCGGCUUGUUCAGGGGCCGUGGUGAGCAUCCUAAGAUGGGCAAGCUAAAGAAGCGAGUGUUGCCGGAGGACGUGCUCAUUAAUUGUUCAAAGGACUCAAAUAUACCAAAACCACCGGCCGGCCACAAGUGGAAGGAGGUGCGACACGAUUCC